UGCUGAGGACGAAUUUCUACAUUGCAGUCUGCUGCGGUUGUCUGUCUUACUGGAUUAUAUGGAAGUAUCGGCACGAAUGCAAACUUUCCUCAGUCUUUUGUAAUUCGACCUCUAUCCGUGGAAGACUUUUGAACCUUUAUCUGCACUCUGAUUGGAAGAUGGCUACAGUGGCGACCAACCUGCUGUCCUGGGAGCAGGUGAGCCGCCUGGACGAGGUGCUGUCGGAGGCAGUGCCCGUGCACGGCCGUGGCAACUUCCCCACGCUGGAGGUGCGCCUGAAGGACAUUGUGGCACGCGUGCGCUCGCGCCUGGAGCGCAGCGGCGUGCGCGUCAAGGACGUGCGCCUCAACGGCUCGACGGCCAGCCACGUGCUGGUGCAGGACGUGGGCUGGAGCUACAAGGACCUGGACGUCAUCUUCCGCGUGGACCUGCCCUGCGAGUCUGAGUUCCAGCUGGUGCGCGACGUGGUGCUGGGCACCCUGCUGGACUUUCUGCCGGACGGCGUGAACAAGGAGCGCAUCACGGCGGUGACCCUGAAGGAGGCCUACGUGCAAAAGCUGGUGAAGGUGAACACGGAGCAGGACCGCUGGAGCCUCAUCUCGCUGUGCAACAACAACGGCCGCAACGUGGAGCUCAAGUUCGUGGACACGCUCCGCCGGCAGUUUGAGUUCAGCGUGGACUCGUUCCAGAUCGUGCUGGACUCUGUGCUGGCCUACUACGAGCUGUCGCGGGCGCCCAUGUCGGCCACCUUCCACCCGUCCGUGGUGGGCGAGAGCGUGUACGGCGACUUUGGCGCGGCAAUGGGCCACCUGCGGGGCAAGCUGAUCGCCACGCAGCGGCCCGAGGAGAUCCGCGGUGGCGGGCUGCUCAAGUACUGCAACCUGCUGGUGCGCGACUUCCAGCCCACGGACGCCGACGAGUUCAAGGCGCUGGAGCGCUACAUGUGCUCCCGCUUCUUCAUCGACUUCCCCGACGUGGGCGAGCAGCAGCGCAAGGUGGAGGCCUACCUGCACAGUCACUUUGUGGGCGAGGAGCGCUGCAAGUACGACUACCUGAUGAUCCUGCGGCGCGUGGUGGACGAGAGCACCGUGUGCCUCAUGGGCCACGAGCGGCGCCAGACCCUCAACCUCAUCUCGCUGCUGGCCUUCCACGUGCUGGCGGAGCAGAACGCCAUCCCCGACGCCUCCAGUGUCACCUGCUACUACCAGCCGGCGCCCUACGUGCGCGACCACAACUUCAGCAACUACUAUGUGGCCAACCAGAACAUUCCCACGUGGUUGCCGUGCAACUGACAAACAUGCACACAAAAAACAGACAAAAAGUAUUCAUGAGAUGAGCAAAAAAAAUAUGGCCGUAUGCCGGGAUAGUGGCCGCCGCUGGCGUUGAAGAGAACAGAAUUGUUGCAGAGAAAAAGUUGAAAAAAAAAUAAAGACAAUAUCUGGGCCAUAAAAAAAAAA